AUGUUCUCCUUCCUCGCCGCCCUGGUCGGCUCUCUUCUUUUCGCCGCUCUUGCUCCCUCCCUUGCCACAGCAAAGUUCGCCAAAAUCUCCUUCUCCACCGUCCAGCAGUGCGGCAACUUCACUGUUUCCUUUGCAGGCGGUCAGUCCCCCGGCGCCCUCCACCUUUCUGUCCUCCCCGUCAACGGCACCCCCGUCUUCAUCCCCCUCCCUCCCUCCGCCUGGAAUGCCUCUUCCGAGACCGGCGUCGCCAUCACCUUCCUCCCUUUCCCCUCCGGCACCCAGUUCGUCGCCUCCCUCGAUGACCGGACCAACAAGAGCACCGCCCUCAUCUCCGACAUCCUCGUCAUCAAGCCCUCCGACACCAACGACCAGUCGUGUCUCCCACCCGCCAACUCCUUCACUCCCCGCUACUCGAUCGACGGCGGUCUCUCCCAGUGCAAGAACUUCAACGUCUCCUUCGACCCCACCGUCGCCCGCCCGCCCACCGUCCGCGCCUUCGUCCCCCGGGCGGCCUCGCACUUCCUCAACAACACCGCCGUCGACGCCGUCGCGGGCGUGAGCACCUUCGUCGGAAGUAUCCAUCGGGGGCUCACCGCGAUGCUCCUCCUCGAGGACGAUGACGGGUACGCGGAGACGGCCUCCCUGGUCCCCGUCACGGGCGAUGUGAGCAGCGACGCUUCCUGCAUCCCCGAUGACUUGCUGUCAAAUGUGGCGACGGUUCAGACCGCCACGACGUCCACGCAGAAGGUGACCCCCAAGAUUGCGGUCAUCGUCAUCGCGGUCUCAUCGGGAGUUGUCGGUCUGCUGGCGUUGCUCAUGCUCGGGUGGUUCUGUCGGCGGCGGUCCCAGGCUCGCAGGACCGGCCGGUUUGACAAGCUCGCGGACAUCCCUGCCACGCCCGACGUUGAGAAGCGGUCGACGCUCCCCAUGCAGUCGGAGCCGGAGAUGUCGUUGCGCCCGACGGAACCUUUGUCGCCCCUGGACCCCACCGCGCAGUACGUGCUCGACCCACCGUACAUCCGCAUGAGCGGCGCGCUCGUCACGCCCACCACGCCCGACCCCCGCGAUCCGUUCGGGGAGCAGGCGGCAGGCCCCAUUCUCGGCGCGUUCUCGGCGCGCGAGUCGAUCCAGACGCAAACCCGGCUGGGCGCGACCGCGAUGGGCAACACGGCGUCGGUCGGGUCUGCGCUGACGUUCAACCGGACAAGAAAGAGCACGCCGAACCCGUACGAGAGCACGGCGUACGCCGUCGCCGAACGCGAGUCCGCGUACGACCCGAACACGGAGAAGAUCCCGGGAACGUCGCCAUAUUGGGGCCGCCUCGCACCCACCCCGGACAACUCGCUCUCGUCGGGCUCCGCGCUCCGUCGGGGACAGUCGGUCAAGUCGAUCUCCGCCAGCUCGGUAUCUACCGUCGAGAUCGACCACAUCCUCGAGAUGGCGACCGUUUAUGGCUAUGGUGGCGGCGCUGGCGACGAGAUCCCUGACCUCCCGCGCCCUCCUGCAAUCGCUCCCGCCACCCUCCGCUCGUCCGCGUACAUGGCCGGCUACGAGUCCCGGCAGUCGAUAGCGGGCUCUGGUCGCUUCUCCCCCGCUGGGUCCGCCUCUGGUUCCGGCACGGCUUCGCAUAGUCGGAAUGGCAGCAACCAGAGCCAGCUGAGCGCGGGUAGUACACGGCCGCUCAACCUCUCGCAGACGCGCCUACGCGCCUUCCGCGAGCCCCCGCUCGCGACGCUGCCGUCGUCACCACUGCCCAGCCCUGGUGCGCGCCCGAGUUUCGACGCUGGCGCCGUGCCCGCGAGCCGCCAGAGCUUUGGGCUGCCUGCCGGCCCGACGAUGCCGCGACGCGCCCUCCGGAGAAGCGGGAACGGCGAGAGCCCGCGUGGCUCGGGUGCGAGCUGGGACGAUGGUCUGUCGGGCUUCACAAUUCUCAGCCCUCCAGAGCCGCCGACCAGCCAGGGUUGA